GAAAUAUCUAACUCGGCUUCAUUCUCUACAAUUCUCUCGUUCUGCAGUAGGCUGGUUCGAAUGACUUGCUAAAAAUGCAUUAUGUACCUUACCUAGGUACGAUGAAAUAGACUUCUGAUUGAUGCUAAAUACUAUUGACUAUUAUCUGCAACUCCUUGAAUUAUAUCCUCCGAGAUUUUCAGGAAAGUGAAUAGUCAUAUCAAAGAAGUUGGCAAUUCUAAGUUGGAAGUAUCUGUUGAUAGCCAUGUUGGUUGGAUGUUAUCUCACCAGAAGGCUAUAUCAAAACUCUUCAUUGCAAAACAACAGUGUGGCUGUAAAUUUUAAGCGUCAUACUUGUUAAUUAACAUGUUGAGAACUCUCUUUACAACAAAUUUCGGUCUGUUUAGAAAUUGAUUGCUAAUUCGGCCUCGAAAACCUUCAGUAAGGAAUUGCCCCACCAUGAAUAGAGGCCCUCUCGCGGUCUACGAGACAUCGGCCUCAUCUUUUCUUACUUAUUCCGACGUCGAAAGGCAUGUUGGAAGGUUAUGCAUUGUGAAUCUACUUACGAAAAUCAUCAAUCUAGUAUCGAUACUCGAGUAUAAGAAUGACAGUACUUCCCACCAAGCGAGAAUCAGAAACAACAUACACAUCCAAUUUACUCAAUCAUCAUUACUACGACUUUCAGUUACCAGCAUCCAGUGCUUCUUACUUCUUUCUUUCCUCAACAAUUAUACUGUAAAAAUCGACAACAUGCCACAAGAAUCAACUGGCCGAAGGAAGACAUCUAAGCCGGUAUCUAAAUCGACAACCAACCCAACAAAGCCGCCUCCAAGAAAUAACAAAAAGCCUGACUUCCUAGAGUAUCAUGAUGUGAAUGGUGAACACAACCUCGAUCAUCCAGUCACUAAGCAGAAAUACUUUGAGAGCAAAGACAGAGCUGUCAGACAGGCUCAUGAACCGAGAGGACAUAGUUCCGAUUCCAGGGACAGGGAGAGAUUUUCGGCAUCGAAGAAUACUUUAGAGGAGAGCCGGGCAAAGGAAAAGGAGGAGAGGGAAAAUAAUGGAAGUUCAACUCUUCCCAGCUCUUAUUACAAAGACGAUAGAGACCCAAACAUGCGUGAAAGUGUUCAAGGAAUAUUUGGAUUGCCGGAAGAUAAUUGGGGAAAACUUAGAAGAAGUGGAAGGCACCACAAUUCUAGCGGCACAGACGGCACUUCUUCCCAUAGGACACGAGGUUAAAAUCGUGUAAGAAGACACUAUACAGAGGAGAUUUGUGGGUUCAUUGGGUAUAGAGAUGGUAGAGAAUACGAGUUCGUGUCAUGCCGAAUCUAAAAAUUUAUCAAGCUCAAAAGGAUAAAGAAAAAAAGACAAAAAAGGGGGUGGGCGAUGAAGAUGGAGAGACAAACCAAAGCAUUCACGGUCUGGUGGGAAGUCAUGAGGAGAUCAUCAUAGAGGCAGCAAACGCAAACGAAGUGCUGGCGGCGGUACUUACUUGGGCGUGAACGGCUAUGAGAGGAUAGGAUAUUAGUGGCCGAUGGAUGGGCAUUGAGCAGAUGUAUAGGCGUUUGGGAGUCUUCCUCUCUCUCUUUUGCUUGUCAAUUAGUUUAGCAUCAGCAAUUAAGAGAAACAACCAAAAUAAAAUGAAAAUAAGGGGUUUACA